AUGAGUGCCCCUUUGACACGCAUCAUACUUUGCGGUAAGACGGCAGCUAUAGGAAGGGGCGUAAUUGCAGGACUCAAACCGCAGGUAGAAGUCAUUCGAUUCGUUUCGUCGUUGAAUCAAGCCAAUAAUGAAAUCCCUCUAAUCUUAUCAGGCCAAUACAAGAACCUGCCUGAAGUCACAAAGGGCGAGGAGAUCCUAGGAACACAGAACUUCAACAGGAUCCCAGACGCUGUGAUGCUUGGUGGUGGAUAUUCGAAGCAAGAUUUCGAGCAAAUCCAAAAAACAUGCUUAGAUACGCCUAAAGCUAAAGCAGUACCGUUCUUCUUGGCUGACACGACAUUACCUGCGCCUCCACUGGGACCGGAGUAUGGUAAGGCUAUGACGAACAGGGCUAAAGAUGCCUUGGAGAAAUGGAGAUUGAAUCUCACGGGAAAUACAACAGGUCCUAUUUGGUAUUAG